AUGAAUUUCUAUGGGUUUUACGGAGCGACAUUAUUAUCCGCACGGUCUGGUUCAGUAAUAGCUGAUGUCUUAAUAAAGACAACCAACUCGACCCGAGACAGAGCCAAGAAGAUCCUAGAAGAAAACAUACAAACCGCAAAAUUUGGAUCAAUUCCUGUCGAUCGAGGGUCUUAUUAUUUCAAAGACAAAACUGAAGUUUGUCCUGGUGAAUUUCUCAAUGUCACGUGGUCUGACAUGCUGGUAAAUGAGACAGCUAUCGCAGAAUGCCCAAGAGGAGCUAAAGGUAUUGCCAAACGUAAUUGCACUGAGAAUGGUUGGUAUUACCCAGACUACACGCAAUGCAUAAGUGAUCCUUUUGCAGAAGCAAGAAAAAAGAUGCGCUUAGCAACACUUGGGCCAUCCUCCGCUCCAAGUUUAGACAUCCUAUCAGUGCUGAGUGACGUCAAGAAUAUUACAGUUGCAUUUCGGGACUAUUCUCACAUCGCAGGUGAUCUGAACUCGUGUGUGGAGAUCAUAGAAAUGUUGACRAACUAUACAAAACACCAUCGUAACGAUAUUGGAUUCAACGACGAUGAAGCAAAGCUUGUUGUUGAUAUUACAAGUAACUUACUCAACAAGAACCACGAACAAGAAUUCAUAAUAUCUCAAAAGCUUAUACAAAAAGCUUCGACCCUUAUUCGAGUGGUAGAGAAGUAUGGUCUACAAGCUGCCGCCGCUGUAUCCAAUGGCACCAACGAACUCAAGUUCUUUAUCGCUGAGAAUGUGGUGAUGGGCGUAGGACUUGUCGAACCGCUGACCAUCACAAACGAUGUCACUUUUCCAAAUUAUGAACUCCCAGAAGUGGACUCCCUUCGUACGGCGUGGGGGUCGAGCAGUUUUAUUGUCAUCGACAAAGAAGUAAUAGAAGAUCUCACUAAAGUGAAAAAUUUCAAAGUUGCGGGAUUCCUUUAUCGAACSCUAACAAGAAUAUUGUCUGCUGAAAGUGCUUAUAGUAUGGUUGGUCAAGGAUUCGAGAUUAACUCWGCGGUCGUCUCGCUUACUCUAGACCCACCUCUGCCACCAAAGCUGAAGACACCUGUYAUUAUUGCCUCAAAUAACUUGGACGAAGUGCGGCUUGACGGUGAUUCUCCCAUYUGUGCAUUCUGGGAUUUCAAUCUUAACGAGCCUAAUGGUGGAUGGUCAGACAAAGGUUGUUGGUACACUCACUACAACACGCAUAACACAACAUGUYUGUGCGAUCAUUUGACRAACUUYGCAGUGCUGAARGAGAAACCAGUGUUUUUYCCCCAACCACAAAAGGCUAUUCUUAUUUCUCCGCCUUUCUUCCUGUGUAUUCUGAUUGGUUGUAUCAUCAUGAUCUGYUUCUGCGCCAUAACGCUGAUCCUGUUGUUGAUAUUUGCUUGGCGAAUGAGGCCAGACAGGACGUGGGGUAUGCAUAUGUUUGUGUGUGCGACCCUCAUCACCGCUUUUGCUCUCAUWAUCGUUGGUCUGUACAAAUAUGAUGAAAGUGUUUUUUUCUGCCGACUUCUAUCGAUGCUGGUUCAUUACUUCUUUUUGUGUGCCUUUACUUGGAUCAUGGCCGAAGGUGUAUACAUGUAUGUAUGGACAACCACAGAGGGACCCAAGAAAAGAUAUUGGAUUGGUUAUUUCUUCAUUGGCUUUGUUCCAGCUGGAAUUCCACUGGCUGUUACAUGGCUCAUUCAAGGAAUGCAGAGAUUUGAAAGUGUGGUGUCUUGCUGGAUGAGUCUUUCAAAUGUUCUUCUUUGGGUAUUCUUUAUACCAGCUGCAAUCUUUUUAUUGAUAACUAUUCUAAUCUUUCGUCAAGUAUGGAGAACUGCAACUGGCAACCUACGUGUACCUCUUAAAGCUACAUACUGGAGAACUCGUUUUAGGGUCCAUGUUCGGUAUUGUAUCGCAAUCCAAAUUCUUCUGAUUAUCACGUGGCUUUGUGGAAAUCUUGUCCUGACAUACUAUAUGUACCCUCUUCUUGAACUGAUCUUCUGUAUUUUGUUUAUCAUAUUCUGUGUUAUAACAGGCUUUGUAAUUAUUGUGUUUUACUGCAUCGCUGAUCGACAGUUUGACGAUGCUUUCCGAGAAUGUUGCUGCUUCUGCUGYAAUCAAGGGAAGUACGAGGUACAGAAACGUGAAGACCUUUGGGCAGAGCAACACCCUGAGCCGGUUCAACAUGCAGAAGUCAUACGACCAGAGCAACAAUCCAUACUGGAAGAAGAACAACACGAUCCUUUAAUAGUCUACGUUACCCGUAAGAAACAAGCAUCGGAACCUUCCAUGAGCUCUGAAGACGAUCCAUUAUAUGAGAGAGUUAAAAAACCAGACGAGAGGCCUGAACCGAAGGACGAAGAAGAAGGACCAAGAGAGGAACCUGUGUAUGCCAAGGUUCAUAAAGACGAGCCGUAUGAAGACGAUGACCCGUUCCCCGUUGCUCAGCCCGGCUCACCGCGUUUCCAACGCGGCUUAACCCGCUUGGAAGUAAUACGCAUGGCAAAGAAAUCCGACGCUGCCAAGAGAGAACUCAAGAAAUACGAGAGCCCGAAGGGCAGCCAGGAUGAUUUGGCGGAACAUCCUACUUACUUGUUGAAUCAAAAGGAACUCGACGAAGAACUGCAGCAUUUCAGGACAUUUUUUGCAGAGAGUCAACAAAGCUCACCAAAACCAUCAACUUCAACGACACCCCCCGGGACGCCAACCCCCUCGUCUGGGCCGYGCACCUACAGCGCUACUUCAAGCUCAUCGAGUACCACUAAGACAACAAGAAUCGUGAAAAAGACCACGGCAAGCACUCUUAAGGAGUCAAGCUCUACUCGARCUCAAACYCAGACYCAUGAAAGUUUUGAGAGUUCRAGUACAUUUACUCAYGAGUCGUCGACUCGAGUUAUUCGAGAUACCUCGACUGAUAGAGACACGCCUCCGGCUAUACCGCCUCGUGCGCCUGAUUUAUUAGACGAUGAUGAUUAUGAUCCAAACGAAUCUGAUGCCAAGAUGAGGCUUCUUGAUGUAGAGCGAGACGAUGAGAGUCUCACGGAUGUUUCAGCUGCCGAUGAUUUUGACAAAGACAGCGAUGACGAAGGG